AUGAUGCUUCCUAAGGACAAAAUACUCUGUAGUGCUACUUUACCUCCUGAUGUACUUAGAAACCUUCCUGAGAAUGUACUUGAUGAAAUUCUGAUUCGUGUGCCCUUACGAGAUGCUGUGAGGACAAGUAUCUUAUCGAAGAAAUGGAGAUAUAAUUGGUGCAGACUUCCAGAGUUGACGCUUGAUCAAACACUUUGGGAUUCAACAAAUCAAUCAAUACCCUUUGUAACUAGGUUUACAGACAUAAUCUACCACCUUUUGGUACUUCAUGUCGGACCAAUUACAAAGUUUAUCCUCUCUGAUAUUGCUAAUCUUGGAAAUUACUCUAAAAUUGACAACCUUGUAUUGUUCCUCUCGAGAAAUGGUAUUCAACAUCUUGUUCUUCAGUUCCCGAAGGAUAAACCAUACAUAUUGCCUUCUUCUUUUUUCACAUGUUCGCAAAUGAGACAUUUGAGUCUCCGUUAUUGUUCAGUUCAGCCUCCACCUACCUUCAAAGGAUUUAGUGUGUUAGUUAGCCUUGAAUUGUAUGAAGUCACAAUUUCCUCCGAAAUACUUGAAAAUUUAAUCUCUCAUAACCUGUUGCUCGAGAGGUUGGUGCUGCAAAUCUCAAGUAUUUUGGACCACAUUCAAAUUGAUGCUCCUAAGUUGAAAUCCUUUGACUUCACAGGCGAUAUACGUAUACUUUCCUUAGGGAAAGCACCUUUUCUUGUGAAACUUUCACUUGUGAAUACAUCACCUGUUGUGAAGGGAGGAAAAUAUCUUUUUAAGUAUUUUGAGUUUUGUCCUGCUCUCGAGCAUCUACACUUGGAUUGUGGUAGUCUCCCGGUCUUGGCUGCAGGAUCAGAUGACAUAGCAGCAAAGCUUUCCUCUCCUCUUAAUUGUCUUAAAUGUCUUUACCUAUCCAACAUUUGUUUGGAUGAAUUAGUUGAGUUUUCGCCUGCUCUUUGCUUGAUAAGAAGCUCCCCAUAUCUGCAAGAUAUUCAAAUAAAGAUUGAGUAUGUGGCAUUGAACAAAUUGCUUUUUCCUGUUCCCGAUGAUGUUGUUAAUGAAAUUCCUUCAAGUUUCUCAGAUGUGACAUUGAAUCACCUCAGGUCUGUUAAGUUUGAAGGUAUUACAGGCAAAAAGACUGAAAUGGAGCUUGUCAAGCUUCUGUUAGCUAAGUCUCCAAUGCUUGUGAGAAUGCUAAUCCAGCCGGACAUUGAAAAUGGAUCUGCUGAAACAAGACUUAAGGUACUUACAGAGAUAACAAAGUUUCCGAGGGCAUCACCUAAAGCAGAAGUUGACUAUAACAGCGGUGUUUGA